AUGGCUGCUCAUAGGUUACAGAGGUACGCUAUAUUUCUGUCAGGAUAUUCUUUUACAAUACAAUUUAUCAAAGGAGUAGAUAAUGGAAAUGCUGAUGCGUUGUCUCGGUUACCAUUAAUAUCAUAUUUAGAUAUUUGCGAAGAAAUUAAAAGAGAUUUGGUUCUUAAAGAGGUUUUUUUUAAAGUUUUCACUGGAAAAUGGCCAGAUAAUAUUAAAAAUAUUUCUGAUGAGUUGAAACCUUAUUAUUAUAGAAAGAAUGAGUUAGCAAUUGAACAAGGUUGUCUUAUGUGGGGUCAUAGGUUAGUGAUACCAACAAAGUUCAGGAAAGAAUUGUUACAAGAAUUACAUAGUACCCAUUUAGGGAUAGUAAAAAUGAAAUCUCUUGCUAGAUCUUAUGUGUGGUGUCCUAAAAUUGAUGAUGAUAUUGAAAAAAUAACAAAAGAAUGUGAAAAAUGUUUAGCAAACAGUGAUAGUCCGCCUAGAUCAAUUUUACAUAGUUGGCCUUGGCCAGAGGGUCCUGCCUAA